CUCCCUCCCUCCUCCCCGGCGGGUGCCUCUGCCGGGACCGGGUUGGGCCGGGGAGUCACAUGAGCGGCCGCCCAAGUCUGCCCUACGCGGCUCGAGGAAAAGCCUCGGCUGGGCCGCGGAGGUGGCGAGGCGCUGCGCGGCUGCUGGCCCCCAUCCCCGCCCCUCCUUCCGUCCCGCUCGUUUGAUGGAGCAGCAACAGAGCGACCACCUGUGAGGAGCAUGCGCUUAACGCAGGUGAUCCCUUAGUGGAAUCCUAGGAAAUGGAUCCAGGCUCCUUGAAAUGUUUGUCUUGACCUACUUGAUGGAGGUACCUUGCGGAAGACGGUGAAUGUGAGGAGGAACUGGGCUGGCCACUUCUUUUUCUGAAUUUGUUACUUCUGCCUACCAUGGAACAAGGCGAGAGUCAGCAGGGACCCCCACCUGAGGGCCAGGAGGACAGCAAAAGCAACACAAGACCUUUGCCUGCUGGAGCUGUCCCUGUCAAGGGGGAAAUAAAGAAACAUGCAGUCACAGAUGACUACAAAAUCUCUAAGCGGGUGCUGGGCCUUGGCAUUAAUGGCAAAGUAAUGGAGUGCUUUCACAAGGCGACAGGGAGGAAAUGUGCUUUAAAGCUCUUGUAUGAUAGCCCAAAAGCACGACAGGAAGUGGAUCAUCAUUGGCGGGCUUCGGGCUGUCCACACAUUGUCCACAUCCUGGAUGUUUAUGAGAACAUACAUCAUGGGAAGAGGUGCAUCCUGAUCAUCAUGGAAUGCAUGGAGGGAGGGGAGCUGUUCAGCAGGAUCCAGGAACGAGGCGACCAAGCUUUCACAGAAAAAGAGGCCUCUGAAAUAAUGAGAGACAUUGGAACAGCCAUUCAGUAUCUACAUGGGAUGAACAUCGCCCACAGAGAUGUCAAGCCAGAAAACCUGCUUUAUACAUCUAAAGCGAAGGAUGCAGUACUGAAGCUUACAGACUUUGGAUUUGCCAAAGAGACGACGGUGCAGAAUGCGCUGCAGACCCCAUGUUAUACUCCCUAUUACGUAGCCCCAGAAGUCCUUGGUCCUGAGAAGUAUGACAAAUCCUGCGAUAUGUGGUCUCUUGGUGUCAUCAUGUACAUUCUCUUGUGUGGAUUCCCUCCUUUCUACUCCAACACUGGCCAGGCCAUUUCUCCUGGAAUGAAGAGAAGAAUUCGGAUGGGGCAGUAUGGAUUUCCAAAUCCUGAAUGGUCAGAGGUAUCUGAUGAAGUUAAGCAGCUAAUUCGUCUGCUACUGAAGACAGACCCAACAGAGAGGAUGACAAUUUCUCAGUUUAUGAAUCACCCCUGGAUUAAUCAAUCCAUGGUGGUGCCACCUACCCCUCUUCAUACUGCCCGGGUUCUGCAAGAGGAUAAAGAUCACUGGGAUGAAGUGAAGGAGGAGAUGACUAGUGCUUUAGCGACCAUGAGGGUGGACUACGACCAGGUAAAGAUUAAAGAUUUGAAAACAUCCAACAACCGUCUCCUCAACAAAAGGCGCAAGAAACAAAAGCAAGGAGGCACCUCUUCAGCAUCUCCAGGAUGUAACAACCAAUAAAGAGAAGAGCAGAAGAUAAAUAUCAAAAAGAACUAUUAAUUCAAAUGGGUUCAGCUCAGCUUUUACACCAAGAACAAAGGGUGUACAUCACUGAAGCUUUAAGUGAGUUGACCUACAGAGAAACUGCACUGUGGCAUCCAAAAUGCAAUGUUCUGGAACUUUUUAUGCGAGCACUGUGGGUUUUUCUAAGGGAUUUUUUUGUUUUGUUUUUAGCAUUGUUUUGUUUUCCCCCUAGAGUUCCAGAAAACCCUAGAAUUCCAGUGGAAACUUAAGAUGUGUAGUCUACCGACCAGAGGCAGUGCAUGUUCCAUACUUAUUCACAAUGAGCACAAUCCAGCCAAGAUUAAGGAUGUCUAAGUCCCCUUGAUUUCAGCCAAAAAUAUAUUUAAGCCUGUGCUCAAUUUUUUCCAGUUGGAUUCAAUAGGACAUAAACCUGUUUAAAUUUGGCUGGAUUUAUGUCUAGCAUUUCUAAGAGAAACGAAUUUGUGCCAUCUCCUGUGGCAUAAGCCUCAUGGACAGAAAGUUCAAGAGUCUGGUAAGGAAGCACACAGAAAGGAAUUAGGCAUGUAAACUUUUCAUGUAUGUUUUCCUUCUUGGUCUUGACACUUUUGCUGUAUUUUAUUUUACUUCUAGGGUUCAUGCUGUCAACUCGCACAAUGCCCACCUGAGCUAGAAGCAUUGCUCUUGACUUUAAGAGAAAAAUGUUUACAUCUUAAUAAUUUGUUUCCACUUUCACUGAAACAUGGGGGUUUCAUAGGUGUUGGUAAACAUCCAUUUCUGUUUCGCUAGAGCCAUGUACACUGGGAAGCUGCAACUGACCAUGCCUUCCUUCGGGGACUGUACAUCUGUAUGACUCAGCUGUUCCCUUUUCUUAUUUUGUGUGUAUGCUACAACUGUUCUGGGUACAUAAUUCUCUCAAUCAGUGUUUAAUAAGACUGAUUUUUAAAAAAAUUAAGAAUCAAAUAUUAGACUGCAGCAGUCAUUAUUGAAACUUCUGCAGUGUUGAAAUCCAAAGUGAACACACUUGCAUGAAUAACAUACAAGACUACAGUUCAAAGAGGAUCCUGUGUAGCCCAGAACGAAGCCUUCCAGUUCCAUUGUUACAGGUGGGGCUUGAACUUAAUGUAGAGUGCUGGUUUCUAACUUCUACCAUUCUACGCACUGAAUUAAUAGCAAUCCCAUGUUAGACCUUGCGAGCAUCCUGUAAGCAGUGUAAAAGUUAACAAAGUUGGUGAGAAUGCUCCAAAAUUCAAAUAACUACUCAUAAUCACUGCAUCAUGAUGCACAUUAUCACAAAUUUUCAACAUAUAUUUGAGGUUUACUUGACUGAUGAAAUUUAUGAUCAACCACUUUCUUUUUCAGUAUGUUUUGGGUUAGAGUGGACAUGGUGAAAUGUAAAAGAAAAGAAAAAAGGCACUCAAGUUAUUUGAAUAAACACUUAUUACAAGAUGGUAGCAAAAUCCAUCUGGAACAGCAGUUGUGCCAAACACUCCUCAGUGUCUCAAACCAAGGAAGAUUUUUCAUCUUCUCAUACAAUAUCUCAUGAUAGACUGGUCAUAUGACAUGCUGGUCACGUGCCAUCUAUCCUUAUUUAAGCAUUCCAUCAUUCAUCAGCUAUUUCCAAAAACAGGGUGCAGAUGCCUACAAAUGCAGGCCCAUCUAUCUCCACUUCCAGCUUGAGCUCUCAGAUGUGCUGUGUGGUUUGGAGAGGGUGAGAAAUAUCAAGGAUUUUCCCGUGUUGCUGUUAACUUUUCCAAACCUUUGCACAGGGGAGGGAGAUCCCUGAUCUGCCUCAAGGCCUCUGCUUCUGUCAAUGGGCUCAAGGAAGAGGUAGAGUUUUCUUCUGCUUUUAGUGCAAUUUGGGAAAGGUAAAAACAGUGGCAGGUGACUCCUACUGUUCCUUUUGCAAACUGCAGCACAAAUGAGAUAAAACCCAUCAUCUCCCCUAAGUCCUCUCCACAUGCUAGAAGACUUCAGAGGAGGGGAUUUGUGGCUACUGAGGCAAGCCAAGCCAAUAUUUGUAGAUCUCCGCGUAAUAAUUUCAUUCCAGAAUUACAAGGAUUACUGGCUUUGUGAAUCUGCAGUGCAUAACCUCUCUAUUCCUCACUCAGUGCCUCUCUUUGAUGUACAGGUAGACAUUAAACUGUUAUUAAGACACACUGGAUAAACCUAUGAACUCUUGACUCUUUGCGAAAUAUUAACAUUUUGCAUAUGUUAAUAAAUGGUGCUUUACCAUUUUUUUAAGUGGA